UCCGCCCCCGUGACUAACGUUUAUAAAAGCAAAGCAAAAUAACUCGUUGGUGUUCAGUAUCCGAUCCGCGCUUUUAAGCAGCAGCCAGCAGUAACCCGAAGAGGCCACAGAGCAGCGAAUUGCUUUUAAUUAGAUUUCUAAUCACCCUAAAAAACACACAACAAACAAAGCAAAAUGUCUUCUGAAGUGAGCAGCGACAACCCCAUCUAUGGCCCCUUCUUCGGAGUUAUGGGAGCCGCCUCCGCCAUCAUCUUCUCGGCCCUGGGCGCUGCUUAUGGCACUGCUAAGUCUGGUACCGGUAUUGCUGCCAUGUCAGUGAUGCGGCCUGAACUGAUCAUGAAAUCCAUCAUUCCUGUGGUCAUGGCGGGUAUCAUUGCCAUUUACGGUCUGGUGGUGGCUGUGCUUAUUGCCGGCGCGCUGGAAGAGCCCUCAAAGUACUCACUGUACAGGGGCUUCAUUCACUUGGGAGCCGGUCUGGCGGUGGGCUUUUCUGGCCUGGCAGCUGGUUUUGCGAUCGGCAUUGUGGGAGACGCCGGUGUCCGUGGCACAGCACAGCAGCCUAGACUGUUCGUGGGCAUGAUCCUGAUUCUCAUUUUCGCUGAAGUGUUGGGUCUCUACGGCUUGAUUGUCGCCAUUUACCUGUACACGAAAUAAAUCAAUCAAUGCAAACACACAACAACAGAUAGACAAACGGCGCCCAGCAGUCAACAGCAGCCUCAUCAACAUCAGCGGCAGCUUCAAGAGGAGCAGGUAAAAUUGUGUCAAGCCAACGAGCAACGUGCAACAUGCAACUUCCAACAAGCAAAAACCACAACAGUGCGUGUGCGGUGCAAUCUCGGCGUGGACCGUUUGUACAUAGGGAGAACAACCAAAACCAGUCCUGCCGGACUGCAGGAUCUCCGCCACGCACUGCCCAUUGGUGGCCGCCGAUUUGCACCUGUUGCUCAGUUUACCUCGAUUUCCUGGCGCGUGGUUUAGCUUAGUUAUUUUCCGUUCAAAAUCAGUCUUAAACACGAGGAAAACAAUUUGCAAUUAAGUUCAUAAAGAUGUAAUAAUUAUGUUUUUUGCUAUAUCAAGAAAUCCUGCUCUUUUACUUUUUAUUUUGCGCUCCACAAUUUUGUGUGCUCUUUGUUAUUUGUUUUUUCCAUUAUUAUUAUUAAAUAAUGUUUAGUGUAUAUGUAAAGUUCGUUAAACAAAAAGAAAAAAUUGUAAAGAAAACAACCAACAAUUGUCAGAAGAAACUUUGUACAUUUGCAUUGAGCCUGACGCGGCUGCAACCAAUUCAGAUCAACAAAUUUAGCGAAAGGGCCAAAACAACAAACAAACAAGCAGCAACCACAACAUCAAUGCUACCGCCCGAUGCCAUCCGGUGCGGCAACGUACCGCUCGCGUCCGAUUGCCGCUGUUUGGGCGCGCCCAGCCCCCGACUUUGGUAGGAGGGGCGGAAGCCCAGUACAGUGGUGCCUCUGGAUGUCGGACGGCAAGCGGACGCUUGGCAAUACUUUAUCGUCAACUGCGAAAACCAACUACAUGCAAUCAUUCACACACACACACACAAAACCAACACACA